UUGGUUGAGUUCCUGACAGUUGCCGUGCUGCUGGCAAGCGCCUCCACAGAAACUAAUCAGGGCGAUGCCUAUCGCUACCGCAGCAAAGCUUUAGAAGGAGCAUCGCUGUCGUCUCAUUGCCAGUACGAAGGGCGGUGGUACGCUGAUGGCGCUGUGGUGACCACACGUGAGGUGUGUCUCCGGUGCCAGUGCGUUCGUGGCGCGAUAUCCUGCCGCCGCCGCGCAUGCGCACCCCUGCCAGAACCGCCGCCCCCGCAGUGCCACACCUUGCAUCGCAAAGGUGUAUGCUGCCCUGAGUUGCAUUGUCGAGAUGGUGCAAUAACAAUGGAACGCGGUGCUUCUGCCAGAUUUGAAACCGAACACCCUGAUAUAGCCUCGUCUAAUGGUCAUGUGUGCGUGGAAGGUGGCACAGCUUACGCAGCGGGGUCUGCAAUGAGCUCCAACACAGCAUGCGAACAGUGCUUCUGUUUGGGUGGGGCUCGUCGUUGCGUGAGACCGAAGUGCCUGCCGCCCCCAGACGGAUGUCGAGCUCGCCCUGCCCCUGGAGUUUGCUGCCCUCAAAGAUACUACUAUUGCAAAGUGGAGGGGAAAUGGGUAAUGGAAGGAGAGCGGAUUGUAUCAGGGAUCAACAUAAAUUGUUCUCACUGCUUCUGUCUUCGUGGUUCUGUGAAAUGCCAGCACUUGGCUUGUGCUCCGCCAUUGCUUGGAUGUAAACCCCUUCUGGCGCCAGGGCAAUGCUGUCCACAUCAAUAUCAAUGUGAUCAUCAACAUCGUCGCGGUCUACCAGGUUUUCAUCUUCAGCCGAUAAUAGACAACGCUCUUAUUUCAAUUAGAAAUCAGGAUCGAUCCUUACACAACGCAUUGUCAUAUGUUAAUGAAACGACUACAUUAUUGUCGACUACAGAAACGGAUGAAACUACAAUAACAACAGUAAAUAAAGAUUUGAUUACGACAACAAAAGUGAAAAGGAAAACAAGCGGUCCUCCAGUUUCUCAUAACACAAGCAAAAAAGCCAUUGAAAAUGUUACCACUACGACAGUACAAACGACACCUAAAACUAUCGAAACGACUGAGAGAACGACAACUUUAGUAACAGAAGCCACAACAGAAAUUUCAUAUGAAGACGAAACAACAGAACAACCCGAUGGAACUGUAAAAAUAAUGAUUAACGGAACUAUUAAUUGUACUGCAGAAUUAUCUUCUACAACAAUAACUCUGAACUCGACCGAAAAUAAUGACACAGAGAAAUAUGUUGAAAUGUCUGAUUUUCAACCUCGUAUACCAAAUAUCAUGCCAACCUUGGAAAAUCACACCUAUAAUCCGAACGACAUCAUAACCGAGAGAAAUUAUAAUGAAGAUUUUGAUGAUAAUGAAUCUUUUACCAUCAAAGUGACUAGUUCAUUAAAUAGCUCCAUAAGAACGAACCCAACGCUCUCGACCACUGUUACCUCAACUACAAUGUCAGUAUCGACCGAAAUGAAUGAUGCCCUGAAUAUUUCGAAGAAAACAAUGGAAGAUUACGAUUAUAAUAACUACAAUAAGCCUACGUUACCGCCAUCGUUACCAAAUCUAAAGAUCAUUCCUUUCGUUGCAGCAGACGCUGUCGUCGAUGACGAUAUAUCGUCGAAAGAAAGUUUUACGUAUCCUAGUCGAGAAAAACAAGAUAAAUAUCCAGUUUAUUAUUCUAGCGUAGGAACUAAAGAAAUUCCCUAUGCAACAAGAAGAGAAGACUUUUAUAAUCCAACCCAAUUUCCAAUAUUUUUAUCGAAGAAAGUUGAACCUCAUCAAUAUCCACUUUCUGUUCAUGAAGUGGACCUUACCAAUGAAUAUCCCAGUAUUACUAGUGAUAUAGUCACCGCAUUGCACGAAUAUACUGUACAAGGAUCUGCCAGUAGCAACGUGCCGCAAGGAAAUAAGGCAGUUACCAAAGUACCAAAUCCAAUCACAAAGUUUGAAUUGGAGACUCCAGCAGUAAAUUUGUUUUCACCUCCUAUGGAAACUGAAGGAGGUUUCAUACCAAAAGGCCCAAGCAUUAUUAAUGAUUAUUACGGAGUAUACCCUAGCACACCAGCCAAUUCCAUUAUACCACAUUUAACCACAUCAAUGCAACUAGAUACCGUCAAAGGUGAUUGUGUGUCUGGAGACGGCCGCAGGGUUCUUGAAGGAGAAUCUAUAUAUUUAGCAUGUUCGGUGUGCACUUGUGCUUGGGGUGAUUUACACUGCUCUCAGCGCCCUUGCCAUAUUCCUCCAGGAUGUAAAAGACGACCAUCCAGUUCAAGCUCGAUAGACCUAUGCUGUGGUGAUUUAAUUUGUAAUGAAGGUAAUAAGACUACACCAGCACCAAUAUACAUAUCCACAAGAAGUGUACAAGAUACUUUAAAUAAAACUGAGAUACCUUCAGCUAACAUGACAGAAUUGUUGACGGAAGUGCCUUUAUCAGAAAACGCUACAACAAUAUCUCAUGUAAUUACAACAACAUCGCAACCAAACAUAGCUCAUAGCUACUCUUCUACAUUAAUUAAUAGAACAGUUCCAGCGGAAAAAACAGAAAUGAAACUAGAAACAAAUUCUAUUGAAAAAAAUACAGCUAGUACACCAACGAAAAUCAUAAAUGAUUUAGACGCACACAGUAAUAAUUCACAAGAAUAUGAAGAUGAAGAUGACGAUGAUGAAGGAUUCUCAUUCGGGAGCGUUUUAAAACUUCUUCUUAGUGAUAGUUAUGAAACAACUACGAUUUCAGCAGUUCAAUCAACACCGGUGACAAAAUUACCAGUGCCUAUGCCAAUAAAUAGUACACCAAGACCAAGCACCAAUAGACAACCGGCGAUUGCAGCAACUCCUGCAACGCACCAUGCAUCAUAUACGCCACCAAAAAUUCAACAACCACAUAAUACAAUAAAUCGUAUUGAUCAUCUAGUUCUAGGCGAAGCAACUGCUAUAAGAAAAACUACUCCCCGUCCAGUAGCAGUCCCAUUUAAACCACUUGUUACGAGAAAGCCUCCACCAUUUAGAAGACCUGUUACCCAAAUACCAACUGUUGCAUCGAAGCCUGUAGAAGUAACUAAAAAAAGUGAAAUUGGACAAUACACUUCAGUUCCACAAGAAAGUCAUAUACCUACUUCUUUUAAUUCUUUAGGUGGGCUUGGACCAGGAUUAUUGAAAUUAGCUGGAUGCAACAUCUACGGACAAAUGUAUCGAGUUGGAAGGAUAAUAACAGAGUUAUCAACGCCGUGUCAGGAGUGUAGGUGUACCGAAAUUGGAGUACAGUGUAGGCCUUUAAGCUGUUGA